AUGAGGGUGCCCCGAGUGUGUUGGCUCCUCCUGCAGGGUGGCAUUGCCCUCUGGCUCCUCCUCAAUUUCUUUACCAUCUCCUCCCCACAUUUCGCAUCUCUCUCGCCCUCCUCUUCUCUCUUUUCUUCAUCUCCAUCUCCAUCUUCAUCUUCAUCACCAAUUCCUCCACCAUCUUCAUCUCCUCGUCCGUCCCGCUCUCCAUCUCCAUCUCCCUCCACAACCCCUUUUCCUCCGGUGCCCGGUUCGCCUUUCCGGGUGGUGUGGCACCACGAGGCGCCGUCCGGCUCGGCCCACGUCGUGGCCGUGGCCCAAGACCACCGCGUCUUCCCCUCCAACCUGCCCAAGGCCCUGCGCCACGCCAUGACCUUCACCGCCGCCCGGCUGGCCGCCGACCCGCGCCUGCGCGUCUUCCAGUUCGUCCUGGGCGUCGCCCGAGAACUCGUCGAUCUGCCCACGCCCAGCAACCGCACCUUUGACACCGUCGAGCUGCGCUGGCGUGGCGACAUCGGCGGCGGCGAGCAGCGCUUGAAGGCCGAGGCAUGCGUGGUAGACCUGCCGGUCAACACCGGGUACCGAAAGGCCAUGUGGCCGCGCUAUCUCGACGUCGUGGCCCGGUGCGCGUUCCUCAUCGACGACGCGCUCGUGCCCGUGCUGCUCGAUGCCGCCAGCCAUCAGCACCGGAAGGAGGAGAGCAAGGCCUGGUUCGCGGUGUUCGCCGGCGGCGACGUGACCCGAUUCCCGCUGGCUGAGGCGCUCCACUUCCCCGCGCCGGAGCGCCUGAUCAACAUUCGCCCGCGGCCGCCGCACGGCUUCCCCUCGGCGCCCUGGUACCAACGCACAGACCACGACCACCAGCAGCAGCGGCCCGACACGGUGGCGGUGGUGCGGGCCGAGGGCGACGAGGCCAAGCCGCGCGUGGCGGCGGUGACCAAGCGCUACUCGUGGACCACCGACGACGAGCUGUGGCUCCUGUGGAUGCUCGACAUCGUGGGCGUCGACCACGUCAUCCUCGAGGUGUGCACGCGCGACGUCGACAUGUCGACAGUGGUGGCGGGCCUGGCGCGGCACGAGGGCCUGGCCGAGCGGGUGAGCCUGGUCGAGAGCCAGGUCCCGAUGCAGGGCAAAGAGACCUGGGAGCACCUCUUCAUCGGGCGGGUCUACGACCACUUCGUGCGGUGGCAGGCCGACUUUGACUACGUGCUGCUCGCCGACACUGACGAGUUCCUCCAGCUGUUCGACACCACGCGACCGGCCGAGGGCAUGCCGCGCAUGGACGUCAAGCGCCUGAUCGCGCUCAAUCCGGCCCACCUGGCCAACCAGUCGCAGAUUCACUUCAUGCGACCGCAGGUGCUGCGCUCGGUGCCCAACCACAUGGCCGACCCGCUGCUGGCGCCCUUUCUGACCCGGCUGGCCGCGACUGACGGCCACACCACCCGCGCGGCGAUGAACGCGACGGCCAACGUCAACGGUACCACGGAGCCGUUCGACCAGGGCAAGGCCCUGUUCGCGCUGAAAGGGACCCUGCGGCCCUAUCUGCACUACAACGCCGGCUGGGGCAAACUGCGGCGCCAGGACCAGAGCCAGUGCUUCAUCCUGCACAUCCGUCAGCCGUUCAAGGAGAAGAAUAAGAAGGAGGGUGAGACGGGCAGGUGGGCCCUGGACCGAUUCUUCCCACCGGCCAGUGGAGCCAGCCUCCUCACGCCCCAAUCCCAGCCGGCCACAACUCGAUCAACAAAUACAACUCUUUGA